AAUUAAUUUUGUCACUCCUCAAACUCCUACUCGCAUUGGUCUCAUCUCCUUCCUCUCCCGCCUCCCCCGGCCUCCUCUUUAAACCCGAGCUAAUCUCUUCAACAAAACCACCGUGUUCUAUUGUAUCACCACCUCUGUCAGCGGCGCCUCUGCCAUUGUGGAUUUUCAACCAUCUACUCUUUUCUGCCGCUGCUAUUCUCAGUGCUUGACGACAGUGUCUAGAAGCUAUAUGUACUAGGUAUCAGAUGCAAUUAUGACUGUCGUAGCACGCAAGGAUUCUAGAGGCUCUAUGAGGAUGCCGAGUAAAAGUUUGAGGUGCAUGAGCUAUGAGGAUACCCUCCGUGAAAUGGAAGCUUUCUUGGAUGGGAAGCUUGACAAUCCACAAAAUCCUCACGAGGUUUAUGUGGAUAUAACUGAAACUACGAGUUCGACUGCCAUCCGACUGCCUGAUUCUGAGGAUCCAGAUGCAACUGAGAAUUCCAGCUCAUUUGCUGAUACUACAUCUAUAAGUGAGAAUGUUUCUGGAACUAGUGAUGCUGAAGUGGAGUCUGAAUUUCGUGUUGACAGUGGUUUGGCUUCUACAUUUGACAGUUAUAGUAGUGUUUUCCCAAUGAGGAAAAAAAAAUUGGCACCUCAAUGGAGGAGUUUUAUACGCCCACUUAUGUGGAGGUGCAAAUGGACGGAACUAAGAAUAAAGGAGUUGGAAUUGCAAGCACUAAAAUACUCCCGUGAGCUUGAUGCAAAUGAACUAACAAAAACGUUAGAACUGCAUCAAUAUACAUCUGACUUUUGUUCGAGAUCGUUUCCAUUUUUCAACCAAUCAGACAAGAAGAAGCCCAUGAAAAGAAGAAAGCGGAAACUUGUGGAGAAUGUGACUGAUAUCUCAUCUUAUAUGUCUCAUCACCAGCUUUUCUCCUAUCUAGAAAAUAAAAAGUCUGAUCCAGAUGGCACUUCAGUCGCUGAUGAUGAUGUUAAUCUAGAUUUAAAUCCUAAGAAUGAGGAUUUUGGCAUGGAUGAUGAUUGGUUAAAAGGUGGUGAGGAUUCCAUAGAGCAGAUACUUCGACAGAUUGAUACAGUUCAAUUUCAAGUUCAGAGACUUAGAACCCAUCUUGAUACGGUGAUGGUAAAAAAUGGUGUGAAGUUCCCCUCCUCGGAAAAUCUGAGUCUUCUUGAUGCUCAGACAAGUGCUUCCCAAAGCCCUGCUUUCUCAGCUGGUAAUGGGGACAAUAUGUCUUUUGCUGGCAUAGAUAUUCCUCAUGACUUAGGGGACUUUGAAAUUGGUGAUCUGGACUUGCCUGAUAGCUUGGUCUCAGACUAUGGAAACGGGAUUCCUGACAUAAUAGAAAGCACAGUAGGUUUGCUUUCUGGUGCAGAUGUUACAAUACAUCAGCCGCCGAUAUUAGAGUCAGGUGAAAAUAUUUUGGAUGAUAGACAAGUACGGAACAGGGGAAUUCGAGAUGGGCACAUGUCUUCUGGAAUAACAGACCAAUCUGUAGAUGAAUAUCAUAGCCUAGAAAAUAAAGAGCAGCAUAUAUCUAGUCUCAUAGCCAGCAAUGCAUUAGUACCUGAAGCCGUGACUGUAGAUGCUAUGAAUCAGGAUAAAGUAAGAUUGGAGUGUUGUUUAACUUCAGAUGUCCCGGUUCCUAAGAAUAAGAGAAAGCGGGGUGAGCGCAAGGCAGGACCUGGAGGUUGGAACUUGAGAUCUGCAGGUGAGCCAGAUAGCAAUUGAGUAUUCUUUUUUCUUCUGAAUAUAAGUAGAUGUGGAAACGGCGGGGUUGCUGAUAGCUGAUAGCAAUUUGCAAUUGGAAGCUAUAUCUGUAUAAAGUCAGUAUGCCUGUUGGUGAGCGUAACCCUCCCUAGUGCAUUUCAACUGUCCUCUACUGGUGAUAAUGGCGAAAAAAGUUGUUUGAUAAUCCUCUAGGAUCGACUUUUGUAGUUUGUCUUCAUAUUUUAGUUCUUAGUCAUCCAUAAAAGGCCUUGAAGCUGUAUAUGAGGAUUUUGAAUUAGACAUAAGAGUAGGAAGACGUACCCAAUUGUGUCUGCUCAUUGGUAAUCUUUGUUCGGAUGUCGUGGAUUUUUAAGCAGUGCAGAUAUAAAUCAUAUACUGCAUUUUAAGGA